UGUUUUUAACUCCUAUAACGAGUAAAAAUAUGACCGGAGAAAUAUAACUGGCUACACUAAUGCUUGGAAAAACAGUAGGUCGGUAUCCUCCGCGCGCAUGACGCACCAAGAAAAGAGUUUCUACCUACAGGAUUUUUUCAUUUAUAGUGGCUGUGAUUGGGCAAUCGAUACCAUUCAAAGCAUCAUCGCGUAAAGGCAUCCAGGGGAAGACGUAAGCAGUGUCCGUAUACUCAUAGGAAUAACAGUGGCCUUAAAACUGACUCCAGAACAGGGGCCAAAAUGUGUGAAAUCUGACUCCAUGUCAGGGAAAUUGCUGUAGAAUGAGUUCUGUUCCACUUAGAGACAAAAUUUCAACGCCUAUAGAAACUAUAGACUGUUUUCUAUCCAAUAAUAAUAAUAAUUUGCAUAUUGUACGAUCAAGAAUUUUGUAGGAAGCCGUUUCAAAAAUUACACGAUUUCCAUAAAUAGUGACAACAGCACCCCCUAGCCUUAACAGGUUUUAAACUGAUUUCGCCUGGCAUAGAAAAAGGUGCUCUCUCAUUAGGACACUGUUGUUCAGAGGAGCUAGCCAACAAAACAGCGAACACAAUGGCUGCAAACUAGCUGCACUUCGUUUCGUUUGACCUUUUUUCAAUGUACAUGUCUUUGUGUAUAGCCAUGAAAAUGAUGCCAGCUGAUUCAUGACUUCGACUGGCUGAGAAACGCUGCCUGCCUCUCUCUCUCUCGUCCGGACUCGCGACCCCUACACGUGCAUUGCAAUGGGACAGCUGGAGAUCGAUUUUGAAUAUUGAAACAAUGUUGCAAAUGUCGGAGAGACAGACUGCGAGGUUUGUAUAAAUCUCCGCUGUGAAAAACUAAAUGUUAGUCUAAAAGAAUUGUGAAAUAAUGUCUAGAUGCUUUUUAUAGUGAAGAUCAAGUUCAUAACUUCCCUGCCCGGGUUGAUGAGACAGGGGAUUGCGCAUUCAAAUGGAACAGAAUAAAUAGGCAUUUUAGCGCCAUAGAUUUAGCAGGUGGUAAUUUGUGGAAUAGACACCGGCUGGAAUGCCUUUUUCACCAAUCAGCAUUCAGGAUUAGACAAACCCAUUGUAUAACACUCAAUAUUUCACUUAAUAAGGGAGCACAGAUUUCACCUGUAUUCACCUGGACAGUCUAUGUCAUGGAAAGUGCAGGUGUGCUUAAUGUUUUAUUUACUUAGUGUAUGUCGAAUAAAAAAAUAUCACGACAGGGUUGAUGGAAACAGCACAUUUGUCGGUAAACUUUCAAAUGUCGACAAAACAAAACGUUAGACAAGGUGGGACCUUUUUGUGUCAGUAAAAUGUAUUAUUCGAGAAAUGUUGGUGCGCAAGUAUUGAUAAAACAACCAUCAUAUCGAAGUCAAUUUAAAGUCACGCGAUAAGAUAUUGUGUUGUCGUCCCACUACGACUCGGGAGAGCAUGCAGUUUAUUAAACUCUAGAUAAAAUACAUUAUAAUUAAUUUGACAGGGUAGUGAAAGUGCAGGGUGAUGAGCUUUGAUGCUCAUUUUCCAAUAAAUGGCGAGGGUCUUAUUCUGGUGACAUGAUGAUUGAUGAUGGCGGCCGUUUGACAAAUAAAAAUAAUCUCGUUUUAGGGGAUACCUAGUCAGUUGUACAACUGAAUGCCUUCAACUGAAAUGUGUCUUCCGCAUUUAACCCAACCUCUGAAUCGGAGAGGUGCGGGGGGCUGCCUUAAUCGACAUCCACGUCUUCGGCGCCCGGGAGCAGAACGGCAGAUUUUUACCUUGUCAACUCGGGGAGUCGAGUUGACAAGGUAAGGCCAGCAAUCUUUUGGUUACUGGCCCAACGCUAUAACCGCUAGGCUACCUGCCGCCACUUUAGCCAUAAUAAUCUCAUCAUGUUGGCUGGCCUACCUGCACUAUAUCUGCGAGCCGGGGCGAGAUGUUGGCUAGAGAGAAUGUGCCAAAACCAGUGUGGGCACAAUUACUAUUUCACGACAAAACUAUCAGUGGAGUUGAAAAUGCGAUGGAAAAACAUUGAACUUCAGAUUUUCAUUCAGUACAUGAAAAUGUAAACGAUGAGGUACAUUUUAUGUUCACUAAAUCAUCACGCACUUCAUUUUAUCUGCAACAAAUCAGUCUUUAUGCGGAAUAGAGAAUAUUAACAUGAAAAUCUGUCACCAACUGGGUGAAAAACCUAACUUUUAUUGAGAACUGUAUUUGUAUGUUGAAUUUGUGGACAUUUUUAUGAGUAGUAACAAAGAUUCAGACACCCAGUCUACCUCUCAGCAUGCAUGUAUACAGAACCACAGAUUAAAAUGACAUGCCGUACGAAGCCAAAACCUGAUGGUUUAGCAUUCACCACUAUAGCUUUACAAUUUUUACAUACAUAAAUAAUCACAUUCAACAGCACCAUCUUGUGGAUGUCAGAAAUGUUUAGGUAGCAACAGGAAUGAGAAACGGCAGUGUGUAUAGUGUGUGUGUGUGUGUGUCAGUGCCAGGGAGGAUUAUUUUUAUUUUUUAUGAGCAUGGCUUUAUUUCUAUUACAGCAUAUUGGAUGACUGUCAUUCAUAUUCCAAUUACCCAGCUCAAUGUAACAUCGAUAGGUUUAGGCUACUAACAUGAUACUCACAUUUUCCCUGUACCCAUCAUCAGGUUGAUACAACCAAGCCAAACCUUCAUAUCAUGACUGCUAUAAUUGCUACGCACAGCCUACAUUGUUGUCACGUCAUAGUCAACAUAGCUACUAGAACUAACUCGUUAGUAAACCCGCUAGCUACAAUCAUGCAGUACAGUGUACAGUCAGAAAGCAUUUUAUUAGUUACACUGGUGGGCCCCAGUGGCAAUAAAUUGAUAAAACCAAAAGCUUACCUUGACAUGGAAGAGUUCCAGUGUUGGAUAGCCAUAGCCAGAUAGCUUACAUAGCAUCCAUCUCUGUUUGAGCCGGGUGUUUGAGUAGGCUAAACUAGAUAGCUGCAUUCGCAAGUGAAAGUUUUUUAAUCUACCAAAUACAGCUAUCCAGCUCUAUCUCUCUCACUCUCUUUUGCUUCUCCUUAAUUUUGGAAAAAUUUAUUUGUUCAAAACUGUUCAACUAUUGUAUUUCUCUCUCUUUGAGUCAACUACUCACCACAUUUUAUGCACUGCAGUGCUAGCUAGCUGUAGUUUAUGCUUUCAGUACUAGAUUCGUUCUUGGAUCUUUUGAUUUUGAUUGGGUGGACAACAUUGUCAGUUCAUGCUGCAAUAGCUCUGAUAGGUUAGAGGAUGUCCUCCAGAAGUUGUCAUAAUUAGGGUAAGCCAAUGGAAGGGGGUGAGAACCAUUAGCCUCCUAGGUUUUGUAUUGAAGUCAAUGUACCUAGAGGAGGACAGAAGCCAACUGGCCUCUGGCUACACCAUGGUGCUCACCUACAGUGCUGCUGAGGCUACUGUAGACCUUCAUUGCAAAACAGUGUGUUUUAAUAAUUUUUUGGGUGACAUGAAUAUAUUUGGUAUAGUUUUAUCUAAAAAGGAUAACUUUUUUAAUGUUUCACUAUUUACAUUUUAUGAAAUUCACUGAGGAGGAUGGUCCUCCCCUUCCGCCUCCGAGGAGCCUCCACUGGUGUGUGUGUGUGUGUGUGUGUGUGUGUGUGUGUGUGUGUGUGUGUGUGUGUGUGUGUGUGUGUGUGUGUGUGUGUGUGUGUGUGUGUGUGUGUGUGUGUGUGUGUGUGUGUGUGUACGGGUGUGUCUUGUCAAACCAAGGACCAAAACAUACUGCAUCUGGCAAAUGUGACACAGCAGUUUAUAUUUUCAUAUACACAGUGGUGUAGGGCAGUUUCGCGGUACCCCGCCGCAAGGUCCAUGCCUAAAUGUUUGCCUAUAUUUUUACUACAAGCCAAUGUCAUUAUUCUGCAUGAAACAGAACCAGCUGAAUGUAUCAUGUUGCAGCAGAAGCAGCAAUCUUUGUCUGUGUAUGCACUAAGUGGCACCAUAUUCCUUUUGUAGUGCACUACUUUUGACCAUGACACAUAGGGCUCUAGUCAAAAGUAGUGCACUAUAUGAGAAUAGUGCCAUUUCGGUCGCACACUGUCUUGCACGCCAGUCCCCAAGGCCAUGCUUUGCAGCUGAAAACCAGUGGAGUUAUGUUAUUUAUACAAUGUCAAGAGAAGGCAAUUUAGCCUACUCAAGAAAGGCCACUUAUUUGUGUUUACAUUCAAACAUGACCCAUGAAUGACACAUCAGUUUCCAAACUGAACAGUGAAAAGUCAGGGGUGUGUGAGACAGUUUAAGACUGCCGGCAUCUGUCUGAACAUUGGAAGAAGAGGAGUCAAAUACAACACAGGAAAAUGUCAUAACUACACUGUCUGUCUGUAUCCAGGGACAGUCAGGCACUCAGUUGAAAAAUCUCUGUCGGCAUAUGCUGGCUGUUUGAGAGCAACUGGCACAAGUUGAACCAUCUGGCCGAAGUUCAAGAGGCAUUUGAAUCCAGACCAUUCUCCUAACCCUCCUCCCAUGCACCCCCCUAAAAUUUGCUUUGGAGUAAGGCAGGAAGGUUACCAGAAUCUGUGAAUCAUUGCAGUAUGCCACUUGUAGAGAAAUGAAUGGUGGAAGUGUGUUGUUAUUUCCAUAGGAAUGCAUUGUUGUACUACUUCAGUUCCUUUAUGGGCAGUGGAGAGAAUGGCAAUGGGGUGGCUGCAUAAAAAUACAAAUGUCAAACUCACUCCCACAACACGGGAUCCCCUCUAUGUUAAAACAUCCAUGUUUAAACUCUUAGGCAGGCAGACACAGAACCAUCUAUAUCAAACUCUCGUUUAUUCUCUAAUUCAACUUUACAUACGAAUGCCAUUAUAGCAUGAGAAAUUACUAUCUGCUAAUUCAUAAUGGCUCUGCAUUGUUUGUGUCCUGGCUAGAGAAUGGGCCCUCUGUGGCCUUACACAGUGGUCCUGUUCAGGGGUCAGCUGCCUCUCGCCCUGCGCUGCUCCUGCCACCGGUCGCAGUGUGAGGGAGAAUAAUACAGUCACAGGGACAAGCUAGUCAUCGUUAACCAUGUGAGUCAGCCAUUCAGCACAGCCAUGUUAGUCAGGAAGGAUUGUAGGAACAGCAUAGCAAUGCACAGAAGCUGAAUGUUACAGCAAAAUCUCUUGUCUUUUUGUAUCAUGAAAAUGUAUACAUUGCUUUUGAUAUUUCACAGUUCAUAUUUUUCUUACUUUUUAACUCUGCAUUGUUGGGUAGGGCUUGUAAGUAAGCAUUUCACGGUAAAGUCUACACCUGUUGUGUUUGGCACGUGACAAAUAAAAUGUGAUUUGAAAUCAUUAUGUAGGAUAUGUGACUGCCAUUUUUCCCACCAUAAAUCAACACCACUCCUUUACAGUAAUACAACAACAUUAUACUAUGCUUGGCCUACUAUUUUGUGUUAUUGGUAAAACUAUACAGACUUGUGUUUAACUGAAGCGUUGAACAAUCAACAACUUAUUUUGCAUUUAACAUGGGGAUAAAGUUGUUCAAAAAAGUUUACUUUUCGAAUUUGGUUUUCUUCGGGAGAGUAGGGGGGGCUAAAGCUUCCUCAGACUUUUCCGGGUUUCGCUGGUUGAGAAGUUUCCUGGGGCGUAUUCAUUACGCCGAUUCUGUUUCAAAACAUUUCUAAAUUUAAGCAAACGGAACGAAACGGGGAGGAACCUACCUGAAUUUGCCCAAUAGAAACCAACUGUUUGUACUAAUGAUUUUACCCCUGUUUUGGUUGCCAGUGAGAGACGCUGCAGAAACAGUACAGUAUGGACUGACACGCCGAAACCGUUAACUUUUGCAAAAUCAAGUACAUGUACUCUUUAUAGGUGCAUUAGUCGGACAAAGUCAUAGCUAUGGCGCGAGACUGCACAACACGAAGUCUGGACAAUAUUGAUCUCUCUGCUUUGAGGGAUCCUGCCGGGAUAUUUGAGCUGAUAGAAGUGGUUGGAAAUGGAACAUAUGGGCAAGUCUACAAGGGGCGACAUGUGAAGACGGGACAGCUGGCUGCUAUCAAGGUCAUGGACGUGACAGAGGAAGAAGAAGAGGAAAUAAAGUUAGAGAUUAAUAUGUUGAAGACAUAUUCCCAUCAUAGGAAUAUAGCUACAUACUAUGGUGCCUUUGUGAAGAAGAGUCCUGCAGGUCAGGAUGACCAGCUCUGGCUGGUGAUGGAGUACUGUGGGGCGGGCUCAGUCACUGACCUAGUGAAGAAGACUAAAGGGAACUGCCUGAAAGAAGACUGGAUCGCCUACAUCUGCAGAGAGGUCCUCAGAGGCCUGUCUCACCUCCACUCACACCACGUCAUUCACAGAGACAUCAAAGGCCAGAACGUGCUGCUGACUGAGAACGCAGAGGUCAAGCUGGUUGACUUUGGGGUGAGUGCUCAGCUGGACAGGACGAUAGGGAAGAGGAACACCUUUAUUGGGACUCCGUACUGGAUGGCCCCUGAAGUCAUUGCUUGUGACGAGAACCCAGACUCUACUUAUGACUACAGGAGUGACCUGUGGUCGCUGGGAAUCACAGCUCUGGAGAUGGCUGAAGGAGCACCACCCCUGUGUGACAUGCAUCCCAUGAGAGCCCUGUUCCUCAUUCCUCGCAACCCGCCCCCCAAGCUCAAAUCAAAGAAAUGGUCCAAAAAGUUCCUGUCCUUUGUGGAGAGCUGUCUGGUAAAAAACUACCUCCACCGUCCCGCCACAGAAACCCUCCUGAGACACUCAUUCAUCAAAGACCUGCCCAACGAACGGCAGGUCCGCAUCAUGCUCAAAGACCACCUGGACAGAACCAGGAAGAAGAGAGACAAAGAGGGCCCGGAGUAUGAGUACAGCGGCAGUGAGGAUGAGGAGGAGGAGAUGAACGACGAGGAAGGUGAACCCAGCUCCAUAGUGAACCUGCCGGGGGAGUCCACUCUAAGGAGAGAGUUCCUGCGUCUGCAGCAGGAGAACAAGAGCCGGUCAGAAGCCCAGCGACAGCAGCAGGUCCUCCAGCAGCAGCUCCAAGACCAGGAGAGCAACAAAGGAGGCAGCUGCAGGAUUCUGGGUUCCAAUGGCCAGAGCUACAGGAGAUGCUAUGGAGGGAGGAGACUGAAGCUAAUGACAGAGGUCUAUUCAAUGAGAGGAGCAAGAGAAGGGACAAGAAACAGCUGGAGGAUUGUGGCACACAGAGGAGUGAUGUCGGAGGAAGACCUGCAGGUUCUUUAAAUGAACAGAGGAGGACCGAGCCUCCACCUCCACUGCCUCAUCCUCAGCAGCAGCAGCAGCAGCAGCAGCAGGGUAAAAAGUUCCACCGCACGCUGCC